UCUCUCUCUCUUGCUCGGUCUCUUAUACACACAAUGAGCUCGUUCGCUUUGCGUGUAUCUGCAACAAGAAAGAAGCAAGAACAAUGGCCUCCGUCUAUAAUACUUCUCAGCGUGAAUUGGAAGUCAUCUUCUUCGAAGACAACAUACUCGCCACCGUAACCCACAGCCCCUCCAUCGUAGACCAAUGGCUCUCAUUAAUCCAACGCAUCCAUUCCCGUCGUCUACACAGACUCAUCGUCGGCUUCGACGUCGAAUGGCGUCCGAACAGACACCGUGGCGCAACCAAUCCCGUCGCCGUUCUGCAACUAUGUGUUGGGCGGAGAUGCCUUAUCUUCCAGAUCCGCUACUCCCGGACCAUCCCUCAAUCUCUCACCUCUUUCCUCAACAACCAUGACUACACAUUCGUUGGGGUUGGAAUCAGGGGAGACGUCAACAAGCUUUACCAAGAUUAUGGGUUGUGGGUUACUCGCACGAUGGAUCUCCGUACUCUCGCUGCCCAAUCUCUGGAUAUGAAUGAGCUUAAGAGAGCUGGAUUGAAGACGCUGGCGUUGGUGGUUCUUGAUAAAGAAGUUGAGAAACCUCACUAUAUUACGAUGAGUAACUGGGAAAAUUUCCAUCUUAGCGAUGAUCAGUUACCUCUUGACACAAGUACAUGACAGUGGGAGUGGCCAAUGAAAGGGUGCAUGCUAGCAUCUUCAGCGCAGGGCAACAUGGUCUUAUUGCACAUGAUAUGUCUUGGCAUAGAUACAGGUCAGGAGGUAGCGUUCUUUCUUCCUAAACUUAGACAUCCAUUUUCAUGUAACUUGAGUACAAAAUUCAAUUUUUUUCUACCACAAAAAAAAAAUGAUAUAAAAUUUUUAAUAAUAACAUUAUAGGAAAAUAACUUAUUUUUAUAGGAAGACAAAGUUAAAAAUAUUUGUACCAUAUAUGGCAGUUUAGUUAGACGCUCAAACUUUCUAGAUACUUUGAUACUAAGGAAGUAUUUCUCAUUGGCUAAUAUUAACCAAUGCACAUCACAUUUUUUUUUUAUCUGACAUGUAAAAAUGUAUGUACAUCUACAUUUUAUUCUUUAUUUUUCUCUAAUUGAAGAUAAAAUUACGAAUAGAAAAUUCUCCAUCGGUAAACAUUCUUGCAAUUGAGUACACCCUAAAAUAUGCAUCCAUCAGGUUUUCCUCUAAAAAACAAAAGAAAAAAAUAUAAUAAAGAAGAAGUGAAUUUCUUUUCACCCAUUGUGAAUAGAUAAUUUAUUAAUGUUAAUCCAUAGGAUCUAAUCCUUAGAUUGGACCAUAAAUAGAUAUUUCAAACCUUUUAAAUAGGGAUAGAAGUUAAUGAUGACAUUCAUUAUUCCAUUCUAUAUGUCAUAUCACUUUGGUGAAGAAAUUUAAUGGUAUCUUCCCCUCACCCUAGGUUAGUGAUAGAAAAUUUCCUACAAAAAAAAUUUCCCCAUCAAUGAUAGGAUACCAAGGUGUGAAGAAUCACAAUCGAGUUGAACGAGGUCAAUUCAUCCAAUCCGGCUCAUCCAAUCUUUGUACAAAAAACCCUAAAUGGCGUUAAAAUGUCGAUUUCAAAGCUAGAUCGAUCCAAUUCUUGAUUCUGUGUUUUAAGGGUAAAAAAUUUUUACACCAUCAGCUAAAAUUUUAAACUACAUGCCGACACCCCUUUUAUGACCCAUAUAACUGUAGCAACUCCCGUAAGGUGAAGUGUAAUUAUUGUCCACCGGAGGCAUUAUUCAUGGCUACCACCAUGAUUUUGUGUGUGAGUCUCAUGUGUUCAUUCCUAUUAUUAAAAAAACAGAAGAAGAUGAGAUGAGGUUAUGUUGUAACUACUACUAACUGGUGACAGUUUUACGAAGGUAAAAAAGAAUAAAUUAUCCUUUUUUUUAAUACAUGGACAUGAAAAUGUGAGAAGCAAGAACACAAAAGUGGCCAUCCAUCAUCUUAUCUAUAGUUCUUGACAAACUUAAAGAGAAAAUUACAUUACAUAUAACACCCUCACACAAAUACAAACUAUAAUUAUAAAUACAAAGUUUUUUCUAAUUUGCUUCACAACCCAUUGUCCAUGGGACCCACCAGAGGGCCCACCUCAACCCAGAAAUCGAAUAUAACAGCCUGUAUUAAUUAGAUCUAUGAACACUACAUCUCACCUCUUUCCUCCUGUCUCUCUCUCUCUCUCUCUCUCUCUCUCUCUCUCUCUCUUCCUCCCUCAACUACACCCACCUCAUCACAACCCACAACCCAUAACCACAAGCUUCUUCUUCUUCUUCUUCUUCUGUUCGGUUCAGUUCAGAGAGAGAGAGACACCAUGAGCUCAAUCCUUGAGAGCUUUCAGAAGAGAAGCUUCUUUCCUUCCAGACCUGUCAAUGAAGACCUUCCUGUCUCUCAAAACAACCCAAAAGAGCAAGGCUUGCGUAGGAGGCUCUCAUCUAUAUCCCUAAGGAUCAACCCCAUUUCGUCCACUUCUGCUCUCAACUUUCUCCCCAGAUCUAAAUCAAUGUCGGCUAUAGGAGAAUCAGCCGGAGGAUCUAUAAGGAAAUGGUGGGACUGGGGAUGGGCUUGGAUCAAAAAGCCUGCAUUUGCUAAAGAUCUGGAGAUGAAUGAGGAAGAAACAGCCAUGUUAGGGUGCCAUAACAAAGGUAGCUGGAAACAUGUGUUCUAUAAGGUAAGAUCUGAGUUCAGAAAGCUUAUGGGUUCCAAUAAUGUUGGUUUACCUCAGACCUUCAGGUAUGAUUCUUACAGUUACUCUCAGAAUUUCGAUGAUGGCAAGAAGACUCAAGCCUAAUUAAUUAAACCCAUGAGAGGGUUUUGGCUGUUCAUGUUGAGAAAUUAAGAUCAAGAAUUAAUAGGGGUUCUCUGGUUUUCUUGAGUUAGUAUUUUUUUUUUUUAAUUAAUUUUUUUGUUAUAUUUGUUGAAUCGAUGGAGAUUAUUAAAUUUUUUUGAUUGAAGUCCAGUGAAUUGGGUUUGGCGGGAUAGAAUUAGAUGGUGAUGGUGGUGCACUACUCCUUGAAAAUGUAAUACUGAGGGAAUAACGUUGAGGAAGAGGAAGGUGAAGGUGGCGUGCAAGUUGGAUCUUAUGGCUCGGUUGUAAAUUACCAUAUAAUAUCGCAUUUCUACAUAAUCAUCUGUGUAGUAAAUAUUUUUCUUCUUUUCUUUA